UUUAACGUGAGAUGCCCGGAUGUUGUCAUUGGUUUCAAAAUGGCGCACAAAGUGCGUGUUUUAGCUGGCAUAUUAUCAUAAUUCCAAAACGCACGCAAGAGCUGAAGUUCAGUCAGGACAGGGUUUUCACUCAGUAAAGUGAUACAGAAGCUUCACAAUGUCAGAGCUGGACUCAGAAGGGAAACUGGAGAGGUUUUCUCCUCAGCAUCCUCUGCCGGAGGAAAUUCAGAAAAUGGGAAGGGAUGAAACAGUAUGCAGGUACUGUGGUGUCAGCUACCUUAUUCACAGUGAAAUCAAAGCCCUUGAGAAGAAAGUGAAAUCCCUGGAAAAAGAACUGGACCAUUAUAAAGGCAGUGAGGAAAGGGAGAACAAACUCAAAGCCGAGUUACAGAUUCUACAGGAUCAGAGAGGAGAAUUUGAAAUGACCAUCACGGUGAAGGAAGCGGCGAUUUCUACAUUGAAUAACAAGUUGAAGAGCCAAGAGUCCUUAUGUCAGCGACUACGCAGUGAAAAUGAUGAUGUCCUCGAGCGAGCUAGCAAUGCGGAGAAAUCAUGCAAAGCUCUAAAAGACAGAAACAACCAGCUGGAAAGGGCUCUACCCAGGCUUAGGUCUACGUUGCAUCAGCAGAAGGCAGCUAUAGAAGAGAUUCACUCCUUCAUAGAGCAACGGGACACGCAGAUGAAAGAAGAAAUGGACGUCCUUCUGUCUCACAUACGCAACACAUGCGAUAUGGAAAUGAAAGAGAAGUGCAAGCUCCAAGCUCUAGUCACAGACCUGCAGUCUCGGUUUGGCAGCACCACGGCAGAGACUGAAGAAAUGAAGCAACAACUGGCGAGGCAGGAGAAACAGAUCCUGCAGCUCGACAAGCUAUUCACGGAGAACAAACAGCUGCAACAGAAGUGUGCCCAUUUGGAAGCAGCGCAGGCAGCCCUUGAAAAUAACAAACUUAAAGUUGACGAAAAUGUGCUAGCUUUGACCAAGAAAUAUACAGACCUGCGUCGAGAACUGGAUGAAAGUGUUGAGAAGUGUCGAGGUUUGCAAAUGGAGAACCUUCAGUUUAAAGAUCAGUACAGGUCUAAAAGCAACGAGAUGGAGGAGUUGGCAGCCGUGCAGAGACGGAAAGACAUGGCCAAUGAAAUGACCACACAGAAGUUAAAGUCUGAUCUGAAGCAAAGGGAGACAGAUCUGUCCAGUGCCAAGAGAGAGCUGAAGGAGCUCCUGAGCAAGUUUGAGGAGCAGCAGCAGCUCGAGGCUGAUCUAACCCGCAAAACAUCGAAAACCAUGAAGGAGACCAAUGAGCUGAAAGAAUCAUUUUUCAAGGCUAAGGAAGAAAUUGACAACCUAAAACAAGAGAGGGAGGCCAUGAUCACGUCUCAUCAGAACCGCAUCGAACAGCUCAGAGAGAGCUUCAAGAACAAACUGGCCGAGGCAGAUAACUGGCAGGAGAAGCUGGAGAAUGCCAUACAGCAAGAGAAAGAGAGACAUGCUCGAGAACUACAGGCCCUUGAAACUCGCCUCAAAGACAGCUUUGUCAUGGAGUUAGAGAUAGAGAAAGGGAAGUACAGAGAGCUCAUGAAGAAGUACCAGGCUGGCAGCCAGGAAACAGAAGAGAAGCUCCGGGCCCAGCUGCAGUCGAUAGAGGCUCGUUACAAGUGCGAGAUCCAGGACCUGACGGACCUGCUGGCGGAGACCCGGCGCAAGUCCAAGGAGAUGGAAGACGAGCUUCGGCGUGAGAUCGCCAGUCUCAAGGCCAUUAUAAAGGAUCUUGAGGCCAGGCUGGGUCGUCUGGAUGUUGGCAAUGAAGAGCUGGUGGUGAAGUUGAAGGCUCAACUGAGGGAGACACAUCAGGAGUUGGAGGAGACCAGGGAGGUACUGGACAAACAGACCAAGGCAGGGGACGACUUCCAGGAACAGAUCAAACAUCUCCAAGAGACAGUUCAGAAGGAGUGUGAGGAGAGGUUUGAGCUUACAGAGGCUCUCAGUGCUGCCAAGGAGGAGCUGCUGUUGCUGAAGAGACCCAUAGCUACAAGCCAGUCUGACAGUGCAGGUGGUUACCACGGCACUCACAGGCAGCCAACCAAUCUGUCAUUGCCAAUGGACGAAGAGCCUCCAAACCCAGGCAGCCAAUCAACACGCAGGAGCCUCUCAGAGCCACAACCGGCACUUUCAAACAGACCAAUCACGUCCAAGCCCCGGACAUACAACUCCGGAAUCAAGCGGGAGUACACUAUUACCAACAAUAACAAUAUGGUGUUUAUGGGUGAGAAAGAGAACAAUGGGGUUAGGACAGUGGGUGCUUCAACUAAGCGUGCUGGCGGGUCAUUGGCAGAAAAUCGGCGACGUAUUGCGGCCAUACUGGGUAGAAAGUAAUAGAAAACAUUUGAGGGGCGGUCUGAGAAAACUGGGCUUAACGCAUGUCAAUAAAGUGUUGUCCCAUAUAAGCCAGUGCAGUUUGCACAGGCUAAUCAGGGAGAUAUAUACUGCUUUUAUAGAAUUUUUAGUUUAAAGGAAGUCUCUUUAAAACAAAAAUUCCCAGUGAAAGGGGAAAGUGUUGUCUUGGAUAAGCUUGUGCACACUGCACACUACACAAGUUAAUCUGGGACAACACUUGAUGCUUUUGCAUUCAGCACAGUUUUUUCUGAAAGGGGCUCAUUUUUAUAGCCUUAUUUAUGUAGUGCCUUUAGUUGUUUGCAUGCCUUUGCUUGUCAAUGUACAGUCUCUGAGAUAUGUUUAUUUUAUAUCUUUAAAGAGUGCCUUUAGUCAUAGUUUUGGUCUCAGAUGUUUAGAUAUGAGCCUUGUCCUAGGAAAACUGGGCUUAAUGCAUGUUCUCAAAGUCUUGUCCUAAAUUAGCCUGUGCAGUCUGAACAAGUUAAUCAGGGACAACACUUUCUGCAUAGACUAUUUUGGUUUUUAAGAUACUUCUUUAUACAAAAAAUUCAAUAAAAGUGUUUUGUCCAAUUUUCACCUCUGCUCAAAGUUAUUCUUUUUAAAAUUGUCUGGUUUUAUUAGCUCGGCUGUUUUCAGAGAAAACUCGAGGUAUUGUCAUAGCCAGCUCGUCGUCCGCCAUCCGCCGUCCGUGUCGUGCUAAAACCUUUACAUUUUGUUAAGGUUUUGAACAUUGGCUCUUAAAUCAAAGUGCUUCAACCUACAACUUUGAAAUUUCACAUGUAGCUGCACCUUGAUGAGUUCUACAUGCGACACCCAUUUUUGGGUCACUAGGUCAAAGGUCAAGGUCACUGUGACAUCUAAAAAAAAAAAAAAAAAAAUUCUGACAAGCUUUCAUUUAUUAAAAACUGCACCCGCAGCCGAGUGUGGCACCCGUUAUGCGGUGCUCUUGUUACAUGUCUGUUAAUGUAACUUAAGACAUGGUAUAAUAUAUAUAUGAGCAUAUUAUGAUUGUUAGACUUUAUUAAUAAGUGCCAUUAUUUUACAUUGAUUUGUGAUUAACGUGACAAAUUCAAAUGACCUCCUGACAUCAACAGUUUGUUGAUUCAGAUAUGCUGUGUACUCAGUUCAGUUUCAUAUACAUUCUUAGUACAUGUGUGAAUUGUAUGCACAGUGAAUUAUAUAAAUCCUUUAAGUGGUUAAUGUUUUGUUUAGAUGUUUGCGUAUGUGGGAAAAGCCAUAAUUAGUUUUUGAUUGAAAGCACAGGACUGUCAACUUAGAUAAAAUGUAUGCUCUUGACAUAUCGUAUUGCUGUUGGCAUCUUGUUAUCAUGGAAUUUUCUCUUAACAUUCUUAACUUGCUUGGACAUGCCUUCGGUAGCCAAAGUACAUGUCAUUAAUGUAAAACAAAAAAAACCUGAGAGGAGACCCAAAUUUCACAAUUAAGGUAUACUUUUUUAGCUCAUCUAUUUUUUGAAAAAAAAUUAUGAGCUAUUGUCAUCACCUUGGCGUCUGCGUCCGGUUAAGUUUUGCGUUUAGGUAAACUUUUCUCAUAAAGUAUCAAUGCUAUUGCAUUCAAACUUGGUACACUUACUUACUAUCAUGAGGGGACUGGGCAGGCAAAGUUAGAUAAUUCUUGCUUGCAGUUUGAAAGAAUUAUGUGCCCUUUUUGUACUUAGAAAAUUGAAGAUUUUGGUUAAGUUUUGUGUUUAGGUCCAUUUUAUUCCUAAGGUAUCAAAGCUAUUGCUUUCAUACUUGCAACACUUACUAACUAUCAUAAGGGGACUGUGCAGGCAAAGUUAUGUAACUCUGACUGGCAUUUUGACAGAAUUAUUUGCCCUUUUUAUACUUAGAAAAUUGAAAAUUUGGUUAACUUUUGUGUUUAGGUCCACUUUUUUCCUAAAGUAUCAAAGCCAUUGCUUUCAUACUUGCAACACUUACUAAUUAUCAUAAGGGGACUGUGCAGGUAAAGUUAUGUAACUCUGACUGGCAUUUUGACGGAAUUAUUUGCCCUUUUUAUACUUAGAAAAUUGAAAAUUUGAUUAAGUUUUGUGUUUAGGUCCACUUUUUUCCUGAAGUAUCAAAGCCAUUGCUUUCAAACUUGCAACACUUACUAACUAUCGUAAGGGGACUUUGCUGGCAAAGUUAUCUAACUCUGACUGGCAUUUUGACAGAAUUAUGUGCCCUUUUUAUACUUAGAAAAUUGAAAAUUUGGUUAAGUUUUGUGUUUAGGUCCACCUUUUUCCUAAAGUAUCAAAGCCAUUGCUUUCAUACUUGCAACACUUACUAACUAUCGUAAGGGUACUGUGCAGGCAAAGUUAUGUAACUCUGAAUAGCAUUUUGACGGAAUUAUGGGCCCUUUAUACUUGAACAUUUGGUUAAGUUUUGUGUUGUGGUCCACUUUACCCCUAAAGUAUCAUAGAUAUUGCUUUCAUACUUGAAACACUUGCAAACUAUCAUAAGGGGACAGUAAAGGACAAGUUGCAUAACUCUGGUUGUCAUUUUUACCAAAUUAUGGCCCUUUUUUGACUUAGUAACUUUGAAUAUAUGGUGACAUUUUGUGUUUAGAUUCAAUUUACUUCUAAAGUAUCAAGGCUAUUGCUUUUAAACUUUAAAUACUUUCAUGCUUACAUGAGGGUACUGUACCUGGCAAGUUGAAUGUUACCUCGACCUUUGAAUGACCUUGACUCUCAACGUCAAGUUAUUAAAUUUUGCUAAAAUUCCCAUAACUUCUUUAUUUAUGAUUAGAUUCGAUUGAUACUUUUUUAAUUAUUGAUCAUGUAAUAAAUUACCACCACCCCCUCACACUAUACCCCCCCACCCCAAAAAAAAAUAAAAUUUUAUGACCCCGGUAGGGUGGCAUAUAGCAGUUGAACUGUCCGUCAGUAUGUCAGUAAGUCUGUCUGUCAGUCCGAAAAAAACUUUAACAUUGGCCAUAACUUUUUCACUUUUUAAGAUAGCAACUUGAUAUUUGGCAUGCAUGUGUACUCAUGGAGCUGCACAUUUUGAGUGGUGAAAGGGCAAGGUCAAGGUCAUCCUUCAAGGUCAAAUGUCAAAUUUAUGGUGUCUGUCCGUCCCAAAACUUUUAACAUUGGCCAUAACUUGUUCAAUAUUGAAGAUAGCAACUUGAUAUUUGGUAUGCAUGUGUAUCUCAUGGAGCUUAACAUUUUGAGUGGUGAAAGGUGAAGGCAAAGGUCAUCCUUCAAGGUCAAAUGUCAAAUUUAUGGUGUCUGUCCGUCUGAAAACUUUAACAUUGGCCAUAACUUUUUUAAUAUUGAAGACAGCAACUUGAUAUUUAGCAUGCAUGUGUAUUUCAUGAAGCUGCACAUUUUGAGUGGUGGAAGUUCAAGGUCAAGGUCAUCCUUCAAGGUAAAAAAAUAAUGAUCAAAGCGGCGUUCUCAUAAAGCUGCACAUUUUAAGUGGUGGAAGUUCAAGGUCAUCCUUCAAGGUCAAGGUCAUCGUUUAAGGUCAAAGGUCAAAAAACAAAUAAAAAAUUUCAAAGCGGCAUUAUCAUGAAGCUGCACAUUUUGAGUGGUGGAAGUUCAAGGUCAAGGUCAUUCUUCAAGGUCAAGGUCAUCCUUCAAGGUCAAAGGUCAAAAAAAAUAAUCAAAGCGGUGUUAUCAUGAAGCUGCACAUUUUGAGUGGUGUAGGUUCAAGGUCAAGGUCAUCCUUGAAGGUCAAGGUCAUCCUUCAAGGUCAAAGGUCAAACAAAAUAUUUAAAAAAUCAAAGCGGGUUAUCAUGAAGCUGCACAUUUUGAGUGGUGGAAGUUCAAGGACAAGGUCAUCCUUCAAGGUACAAAAAAAAUAAAUAUUCAAAGCCGCGUUCUCAUGAAGCUGCACAUUUUGAGUGGUGGAAGUUCAAGGUCAAGGUCAUUCUUCAAGGUCAAGGUCAUCCUUCAAGGUAAAAAAAAUAAUAAUUUCAAAGCGGCGUUAUCAUGAAGCUGCACAUUUUGAAUGGUGGAAGUUCAAGGUCAUCCUUGAAGGUCAAGGUCAUCCUUCAAGGUCAAAGGUAAAAAAAAUAAUUUUUCAAAGCGGCCUUCUCAUAAAGCUGCACAUUUUGAGUGGUGGAAGUUCAAGGUCAAGGUCAUCCUUCAAGGUCAAAGGUAAAAACUUUUUUAAUAAUUUAAAAGCGGCGCAAUAGGGGGCAUUGUGUUUCUGACAAACACAUCUCUUGUUUUUUUUCAAACAUGGUUAAAAAACACAAAUAUUUAUUUUUGUUAUUUUAUUUUUGAAACACUGUCCAACCAUCCCACCCAAGAAUCCCCCCCCCCCCCAAAAAAAAUAAAUAUUUUUUUUGCAUUUUUGGAAGAUAAUGUAAUAAAUGACCAGACCCCCACACUAUACACCCCUCUCCACUCCACCCCUCCAUCCUUUGUGAUUGAAAUUGAGAUAGGUCCCUACACCUUUAAAAAGAAAAAUAGAUGAGCAGUCUGCACCGGCAAGGCGGUGCUCUUGUUAAUUUGAAUAGCAAUCAGUUAGUUUCAGAUCACUUUAUUUCCAAAGCUUAAUUUUUAAAGAUUUAAAGAUUUAGUUACUAGUUUACAACUGACAAUGCCAGAGGCAAUUGGACAAGAAGAAUAACAUCUCUAACAUCUCAAACAUUUGAAUACUUAUUUGUGUCUAGUAAGGUACCUUUGUGUAAUUUUUUAAAAUGAUUUUAACAAUUUGCAAAAUUUGGUAACUAAAGACUGUCAGAAGAUUCAAUAUUGUAAGGCUAUGAAUUACACCUGAGAAUUUUCAAUAAAACGUUGUCAAAAUGGAGAAACAAUGUGUAGCCACUUAUUAAUGGAUUUUUAUGCCCCCGGAUCGAAACAUCGGGGUUAUAUUGUUUUUGGCCUGUUUGUCUGUCAUUGUAUGUGUGUGUCCCAAAUUUUAACCUUGGUUAAAGUUUGAUAACUUUUUAUGUCCCCCACUAUAGUAGUGGGGGACAUAUUGUUUUUGCCCUGUCUGUCUGUUGGUCUGUCUGUCUGUUUGCGCCAACUUUAACAUUUUGCAAUAACUUUUGCUAUAUUGAAGAUAGCAACUUCAUAUUUGGCAUGCAUGUGUAUCUCAUGAAGCUGCACAUUUUGAGUGGUGAAAGGUCAAGGUCAUCCUUCAAGGUCAGAGCUCAAAUAUAUGUGGCCAAAAUCGCUCAUUUUAUGAAUACUUUUGCAAUAUUAAUGAUAGCAACUUGAUAUUUGGCAUGCAUGUGUAUCUCAUGGAGCUGCACAUUUUGAGUGGUGAAAGGUCAAGGUCAAGGUCAUCCUUCAAGGUCAGAGAUCAAAUAAAUGUGGCCCUAAUCGCUUAUUUUAUAAAUACUUUUGCAAUAUUGAAGAUAGCAACUUGAUAUUUGGCAUGCAUGUGCAUGUCAUGGAGCUGCACAUUUUGAGUGGUGAAAGGUCAAGGUCAAGGUCAUCCUUCAAGGUCAGAGAUCAAAUAUAUGUGGCCCAAAUCGCUUAUUUUAUGAAUACUUUUGCAAUAUUGAAGAUAGCAACUUGAUAUUUGGCAUGCAUUUGUAUCUCAUGGAGCUGCACAUUUUGAGUGGUGAAAGGUCAAGGUCAUCCUACACAAUGUCAAGGUCAUCCUACAAGAUCAAACAUCAUAUAGGGGGACAUUGUGUUUCACAAACGCAUCUUGUUUAAUAUUGAAGAUAGCAACUUGAUAUUUGGCAUGCAAGUGUUUCUCAUGGAGCUGCACAUUUUGAGUGGUGAAAAGUUAAGGUCAAGGUUAUCCUUCAAGGUCAAAGGUCAAAUAUCAUUGUAUUUUUCCAUCCUAAAACUUUAACCUUCGUUAAAGUUUUGUCAUAACUUGUUGAAUAUUGAAGAUAGCAACUUGAUAUUUGGCAUGCAUGUGUAUCUCACGGAGCUGCACAUUUUGAGUGGUUAAACACACACAACUGUACUCUUAAUUAUGAUUUAUAAGGUCCUCAGAUGUAAUUUUAAAUACUUGAGGUAAGGGCAUCCAAGAUGGAGCCCAACAACUUCCGGUAUUUGCAAUUGCCUCCGGUAAACCUUGUUGGAACGUACAAUUACAAUCUGUUUGCAAAUAUUCCAUGCAUGCAUAUCUGUGUGCAAAUAUUCCAUGCAUGCAUAUUUGAGGUUUGGGCUGUUUAAGAUAUUGAACUAUAGUUAUACAAGUUCAUAGACUAACAACAAAUGUAGUUUUACCGCACUUUUUUUUAAUUGGUGUACAUCAUUGGAAUUGCGUGUAUAUAAAAAAAAUAUUUGAAAAACAAUACAAAUAGGAAUAUAAUAAUAAUAAUUAUUAGUUAUUAUUUUGUGUUUUAUGUGAUAUGUGAUAUUUUUAUAUCUUGUUUCAUCAAAAUUAUAAUUGAGAUUAAUCAGUAUGUUUUGUAAGACUUCAUACCAUGAAACAAUCCUUUGACUGUAAUGGACUUCGUCAUGUGAUUCAUAGCAAAUGUGCUUCUCAGGUCAGUAACUGUGUUAGUGUAAACAUUUGUGAAAGCAUACAUUUGUAUUACAUGUUUAUGCCUUUGUUAUAUACAUAUUAAAUGUUUUAAAAUG